CAUUGGUGUUUUUUUUUUCUCUUUUAUUAAUUAAACACAUAAUAUUAUAAUAAAGCAAUUUGUACAAUUCACCAACACACAAAGUAAACAGCAAACUAUGAGUAUGAAAAGAUUUAUUCGAACAACGGUAACUUAAUAGUCGUGGAUUGAGGUUAUUAAGUUUUCCGUGUCGUAGGCCACACGACCACGCUAAAAUGAACGCUGCUAUUAACAUCGGUGUCGAAGACAUGACCGCCACCAUUGUACGGUACGGUCUUUAUCUGGGGGCCCUCUUCCAAAUCGCCUGUUUGGCUGCCUGCAUUUUCAUGCCGGAUUCAUCGGACGACAAUAACUGGUUAUCCAGAGGAGACAGCGACGACGAAAGUUCCGAGCAAAGCACCCCUCAAAAUACCCCCCGUAGACCGUACCAUCGAACCCGAAAACAAGAAAAAAAGAAGCGACGUUAAAAUCCUCAUUUUAAAUAUUUAUUUAAUUAAAAACAAUAAACUUCUUAACAAGCA